AUGAAAACAUUUGGCGAGGAUUGUUCUGAUUGCCCUCCGCCUGUGCCAAUUUUGGCCAUAGUAUUGGGCGUGAUCGCUGGUAUCGUCAUUCUUGGCUUAAUAUUGCUUCUCGUCUGGAAACUUCUCACCGUUCUGCACGAUCGUGCUGAAUUCGCAAAGUUCGAUAACGAGAGGCUUAUGGCCAAAUGGGACACUGUACGUUCAUUUUAUUUGACUUUUCUUUCGAUUUUUUUCGAUAAUUGGUUAAGUGAUGUGGAUCUGAAUUGGAUAGUUAUUCGGAAUUGUGGGUAA